GCGUGUGCGCACGUGUGAGCCGCGCUCGCUCACGGCUUGACUCUGACUCCGGCCGGCCAUACGCGCACCUCCUCGGCUCCUCCGUCGGACCGGGCGGCGGCGGCGGCGUUGCAGAUCGGCAUCCGUAGGGACCCGAUGCCUGUUCUCCGACAGAUUAUGGCUUCUGGCUCUGUUGUUGCUGCUCUUACUGCUCUGGUUCUUCUGAUAUUGAUCCGCUUUCUAUACAUCGUACAUUGGGGUGGAAAAUCGCGCCAUGGGAAAUCUCGGAGAACCUAUAGUACCCUCAUUGUUUUAGGCUCAGGGGGUCACACUGCCGAGAUGUUGAAUCUCUUGUCUGUGUUGCAGAAAGAUAGGUUUGCACCUAGAUUCUACAUUGCGGCUGCCACUGACAAUAUGAGUCUCCAAAAAGCUCGCGUGAUGGAGGACUCUCUAAUUGACGCGGCUGGGGUCAAGGUAGAGGAAACUGCCAAGUAUUUGCAGAUAUACCGGAGCAGAGAAGUCGGUCAAUCAUAUGUAACUUCUGUUUGGACAACAUUAGUUGCCACGGCUCAUGCGCUAUACCUCAUGAUUCAACUUCGACCAGAAGUGUUUACAUUGGAAGUGCAGAUCCUCUGUAAUGGCCCCGGGACGUGCAUUCCACUCUGUGCAAUUGCCUUCUUAUUCAAGGUUCUGGGAAUCAGAUGGUCAUCUAUAUUUUACAUGGAGAGCAUAGCGAGAGUGAAAAGACUGUCUCUAAGUGGAUUGCUUCUCUACAAAUUACGAGUAGCCGAUCAGUUUUUCGUGCAAUGGCCACAGCUGCAGAGAAAAUACCCUCGGGCUGAGUAUGUUGGUUGUCUUAUGUAGGUGAUUAAGAUGUCUCUUACACAGAGAGAGAAUCGUAUGUCUAAUUCGAAGCAACAGUUAUGAGGCGGCAGCAGCAUAAAUACAGACUUAUUAGCAGUAUUCCUGCUCCAGAAUAAGUUAGGCUGAAUAUAAUUCAUCAGAAGGUGCACAGCAAGCAUAUUUGGUAGUUCCUGUUUCCAAGAGGAUGUAUUCGGCUCUACUCGAGUAUGUCAUUAGAAGAGGAUAUGGUAAUUAUCUGAGCAGUGUAAAGGCUGAAGUACAUAGUCAAUGGUAUGUUGUGUUGAUGUAGUGAA